GGAAGCAGGGGAGAGGCGGCCACGCGCCACCGCGCUCUUUGUUUCGGACCCUGGCGGGUUCCUGCGCCCUGAGCACCGGGACUCGGCUCUGGGCGCGCGGGGUUCCGGAGCUGGGGCGCUGGGGCGCGGGGGCCAGGUCAGGGACGUGCAGGCAUCAGGAGCUGGGUGCUGAGACAACUUGGGGCUCGGGGACAGAGACACAGAGGGACCGUGGCUAGGGCGUAUGGGGUCCUAGACUAGGGGCGCACAGUCACGGGGUUUGAGGCGGUUAGAAGACCGGGCUUAGCCGAAAUAACAGGACAGAGCUGUGGUGAAGGCCAGCUCGGCCGGUGUCGGGAGUUCGGACCGGCUAAGCUGGGGUUGUAGGAAGCGGGCCGGCUGGGUCAGGGCCCGCGGCGCCUGGGCGCCCUGCACCGCGGGCGGGGACUGAUCGGCACUGUCGCGGUCGCCGCCGGGCGGACUUCGCUCCCUGGGACACGUUUGGAACUCCGCGGCGAAGAGCAGCUUCUUGGGGCUGCAAUGGGAAAGCUCGGGACCCUUCUCCCGCUCUUUGCAGGCAAAAGAAUUUACCACGAGUCUGCACAGUUUUAAGAAAAAGGCUUUUAAAAAACCCAAAGCCUGUGGAGUUUGCAAACAAAUCAUUGAUGGUCAAGGGCUUUCAUGCCGAGGUGGUGAUUCCCUGCUGUGUGCAAGUUCACCUGGAACAGGCUCCGGGGAGCUCCACUCCGUCGUCUUCUCUGUGCUGUGAUAAGCCUUUGCGGCUUGCAGCCCUAAGCCCCACCAUGGAGGAUGGUCAUGAGCUGGACCUUACCUACAUCACAGAGCGCAUCAUUGCCGUGUCCUUCCCUGCUGGCUGCUCCGAAGAGUCUUAUCUGCUCAACCUGCAGGAGGUCACGCGUAUGCUCAAGUCCAAGCAUGGGGACAACUACCUGGUAUUAAAUCUUUCAGAAAAGAGAUAUGACCUUACAAAGCUUAACCCAAAGAUCAUGGAUGUGGGCUGGCCAGAGCUGCAUGCACCACCCCUCGACAAGAUAUGUACCAUAUGCAAGGCACAGGAGUCCUGGCUAAACAGUGACCCCCAGCAUGUGGUUGUCAUCCACUGCAGGGGCGGGAAAGGGCGCAUCGGAGUGGUCAUAUCAUCCUCCAUGCACUUCACCAACGUCUCGGCCAGUGCUGACCAGGCCCUUGACAGAUUUGCAAUGAAGUUGUUUUAUGAUGACAAAGUUUCGGCUUUAAUGCAGCCUUCCCAGAAAUGGUACGUGCAGUUUCUCAGCGGACUUCUCUCAGGGUCAGUGAAGAUGAAUGCCUCACCCUUGUUCCUGCAUUUCGUCAUCCUGCACCACACCUCUAACUUCGACACUGGAGGAGUGUGCCGGCCCUUUCUGAAGCUCUACCAAGCCAUGCAGCCUGUGUAUACAUCAGGGGUCUACAAUGUUGGUUCAGAAAACCCCAGCAGAAUCUGUAUUGUCAUAGAGCCGGCCCAGCUGCUGAAAGGGGACAUCAUGGUGAAAUGCUACCACAAGAAGUAUCGUUCGGCCACCCGUGAUGUCAUUUUCCGCCUGCAGUUUCACACUGGGGCUGUGCAGGGCUACGGACUGGUGUUUGGAAAGGAGGAUCUGGACAGUGCCUGCAAAGAUGACCGUUUUCCAGACUAUGGGAAGAUUGAGUUAGUCUUCUCGGCCACACCUGAGAAGAUCCAAGGCUGUGAGCAUCUGCACAAUGACCACGGAGUGAUUGUGGACUACAACACGGCAGACCCAUUGAUCCGCUGGGACUCCUACGAGAACCUGAGUGCAGAUGGAGAAGUUCUGCACACUCAGGGCCCUGUUGAUGGCAGCCUCUAUGCCAAGGUGAGGAAGAAGAGCUCCUCAGAUCCUGGCAUCCCUGGCAGCCCCCAGACUGUGCCAACUGCCAGCAGCCCAGACCACAGUGACCACACCUUGUCAGUCAGCAGUGACUCAGGCCAUUCCACUGCCUCGGCCAGGACCGAUAAGACCGAGGAGCGCUCAGCCCCGGGAGUUCGGAGGGGCCUGAGUCCCCAGGAGAAGGCUGAGUUGGACCAGCUGCUCAGUGGUUUUGGCUUGGAAGAUUCCCGGGGCUCCCUUAAGGACAUGACUGAUGCUCGCAGCAAAUACAGCGGGACACGCCAUGUGGUGCCUGCUCAAGUCCAUGUGAAUGGAGAUGCCACCCUGAAGGACCGGGAAACAGAUAUUCUGGAUGAUGAGAUGCCCCACCAUGACCUGCACAGUGUCGACAGUCUGGGCACCCUCUCCUCCUCUGAAGGGCCGCAGUCGGCCCACCUGGGUCCCUUCACCUGCCACAAGAGCAGCCAGAACUCCCUCCUGUCUGAUGGCUUUGGUAGCAAUGUUGGUGAGGAUCCGCACGGCACCCUUGCUCCUGACCUGGGCCUUGGUGUGGAUGCCCUCUAUGAGCGGGAACGGACGUUUGGAAGCCGAGAGCCUAAGCAGCCACAGCCUCCACUGAGGAAACCCUCUGUGCCCACCCCUACGCAGGCUUUUGGGCCGAGCAGCUACUCCACCCAGACCUGGGUUCGUCAGCAACAGAUGGUGACCGCUCAUCAGUAUAGCUUUUCCCCCGAUGGGGAGGCCAGGCUAGGCAGUCAGGGCACAGCAGACAGUUCUGGCCUCACCCAGACACAGCCACGGCUUCCUAUCACCCCAACCCGUGGAACCAGUAGCAGAGUGGCUGUCCAGAGAGGCAUUGGCAAUGGACCAAAUCCCCCUGACACACAGCAACCUUGUCCCAGCAAAGUGUUCCAGCCCAGGUUUCCAGAAGAUAAGGUCAUGAACGGAACCAGCCAGGACCUGAACGUGGGCCCCUCCCCAGGCUCUCCCACCCUGGACAUAGACCAGUCCAUUGAACAACUCAACAGGCUAAUCUUGGAGCUGGACCCCACCUUUGAGCCUUACCCAACCCACAUUAACACCCUCAACAGCCUGGCCAAUGGCCCCGUGUGUCCAGAUGGCAUGGGAGGUGGGCUCCGGGUGAGCAGCAGGCUGCCUGACCCAGCCGAGGGCCCCAGCAGGAACCCCGGGCGUCAAGGCCCCUCCAGUGAUGAUCCUCUGGGCGGAAGACUCCGGAAACUGAGCCUUGGACAGUAUGAUAAUGAUGCUGGAAGCCAGCUGUCCUUCUCCAAGUGUGGAUGGGGAAAGGCUGGCAUGGACUCAGCCUCAAGCCUGGAGCCGUUUCCCUCUCCAGCAGACAUCAAAGAGACGAUGAUCACUGCAUAUCCCCCAGACCUCGACAUGAUCGACGGUAGGAUUUUAAACACCAAGGAGUCCGUAUGUUCGACCCCAGCAUUUCCUGUGUCUCCAGAAACACCAUAUGUGAAAACACCUCCACGCUACCCUCCAUUCAGCCCGCCUGAGCCUCAGAGGAGCAGCCCCGCCAGUCUGCACAAAGGAGGACGGGAACCACGAGGCUGUCCUGAGAUUCUCAGCCACACCGUGGGGAUGUCAGAGAGCCCCAUUGGACCCAAACCCACGAUGCUUCGGGCCGAUGUGCCUGCGACGCCCAGCUUUCAGCAGGCCUUUGCAUCUUCCUGCACCAUUUCAAGCAACGGUCCUGGCCAGAGGAGAGACAGCCAGCCUUGUGCAGAACGCCCAUGGGUGGAGAGCAGCCCCAAAUCCACACUCUCUCUUCUGGGGAGCAGCCGGCCCUCUGGAAGUCCCCUCGGCACCAACGAGUUCUCCAGCCCUGGAAAGGACUCCGCAGGCUUGUCCUGCUUCCCAUCGUCUGAGCUCCAGGCCUCUUUCCAUGGCCAUGAGCUGUCCAUGGUGGAGCCACAGGACUCUCUGGUCCCCACAAGCAGCCAGGCCUUCCUGGGUUACAGCACCAAUCCAGUAGGAAGUGGCCUUCCACCUGAAGAGGACCCAGGAGCUUUGCUGGCCAAUUCCCAUGGAGCAUCUCCGGCCCCUGGCCCGCCGCUGACAACAGCCGGGGCUGCCGACAAUGGCUUCCUGUCCCACAAUUUUCUUACAGUGGCACCUGGACACAACAACCACCAUAGUCCAGGCCUGCAGGGCCCAGGAGUGACCCUGCCUGGGCAGCCACCCCUCCCUGAGAAGAAACGGGCCUCAGAAGGGGAUCGUUCUUUGGGCUCCGUUUCCCCCUCCUCCAGUGGUUUUUCCAGCCCACACAGUGGGAGCACUAUCAGUAUCCCCUUCCCAAAUGUCCUUCCAGACUUUUCCAAGCCUUCAGAAGGGGCCUCACCUUUGCCAGAUAGUCCAGGGGACAAACUUGUGAUCGUGAAGUUUGUUCAAGACACUUCCAAAUUCUGGUACAAGGCAGAUAUUUCAAGAGAACAAGCUAUUACCAUGUUAAAGGACAAAGAGCCAGGGUCAUUCAUCGUUAGGGACAGUCACUCCUUUCGAGGGGCCUAUGGCUUGGCCAUGAAGGUUGCCACACCGCCUCCUUCAGUCUUGCAGAUGAACAAGAAAGGUGGAGAUUUGUCCAAUGAACUUGUUCGGCAUUUUUUGAUCGAGUGUACCCCAAAGGGAGUGCGGUUGAAAGGAUGUUCCAAUGAACCAUAUUUUGGGAGUCUGACUGCUUUGGUGUGUCAGCAUUCCAUCACGCCUUUGGCCUUGCCCUGCAAGUUGCUCAUUCCAGAGAGAGAUCCAUUGGAGGAAAUAGCAGAAAAUUCUCCCCAGACAGCAGCCAACUCAGCCGCUGAGCUGUUGAAGCAGGGAGCAGCCUGCAACGUGUGGUACUUGAACUCCGUGGAGAUGGAGUCCCUCACUGGCCAUCAGGCAGUUCAGAAGGCCCUGAGCAUGACCCUGGUUCAGGAGCCACCCCCAGUGUCCACGGUAGUGCACUUCAAAGUGUCUGCCCAGGGCAUCACCCUGACGGACAAUCAGAGGAAGCUCUUCUUCCGGAGGCAUUACCCUGUGAACACAGUGAUUUUCUGUGCCUUGGACCCACAAGACAGGAAGUGGAUCAAAGAUGGCCCUUCUUCCAAAGUCUUUGGCUUUGUGGCCCGGAAGCAGGGCAGUGCCACAGACAAUGUAUGCCACCUGUUUGCCGAGCACGACCCUGAGCAACCCGCCAGCGCCAUCGUCAACUUUGUGUCAAAGGUCAUGAUUGGCUCCCCAAAGAAGAUCUGAGAUCCCUCCUAACCCAGACCCACUGGAUGCCUCUCACAACCUUCAAGACAGCAGUGGGGUCAGGUGGGGCCCCCAGUUUGUACCAAACUGAUAAUCAUGGCAUUUUAGGCCCAGGAGGGGAAAGAGAUCUGCCAACUUUACCAAACAAGAACAAACAACGUCACCAUGCAUUGGCCUUCCCUGAGAAUAACUUCUCGUCCUACACAUCUCUGUAACCGGGUACUUUUUGGGUGGAAAGAACUGGGCACAAGGCAUGCCUACUGAGGGUCCAGAAGGUUCCCAGCAUACCAGCAUCUGUGAGAAUGAGAAACACCCAGCUCGCUUGGCAGGAAGCUGAGUGAUCACAGCACCCCGCCAUCAUCAGAAGCACCCCUGCCCAUGAAUGCCCAAGGCCAGUGGUCUCCCUCACCAUGGUCUUCCCACCACAGAGAUGUUGACAAAACCCAGGAGGGAAUGAAUGUUUGACGAAGGUUCGCGUAGGUCAGAUCCUUCCGGAACACGGCGGGGAUGUGAAGGAGGCGAAGGAGGUGCGGGCUGUGAGGAUGAGGGUGGUGAGGACCUUUUGGCAUUGUGGAGAAGCAGGGGAUGUCAGACCCCACCCGUAUUGUGGUGACGACUCUACACUCUCGCUUACAUAUGGCGAGCAGGCCGGGGAGGACCCUGAAGGGAGAAAUGAGAAAACAGAAAUGAAAAUGCCAUUUCUAUGUAAUUUAUAUUUUACUUAUGCCAAAUUAUUUAUAUAACAGUUUGCCAUUGCUAUACUGUACCAGUGUCAAAUGCUGCAGCCGGCCAAGCUGUGACUUUUAGGAGACUCAUCCUCCUGUAAGACACACACCACAGGCCCCUCGCCCCUGAAGUAGAAGGUGAGCUGUGGACUCAGGGUGAUGCCCUGAAGUCCCCCACAUGUGGUGCUGCCAAAAGGUUGUUUUGCCUCAUGCAGCCUUCACCUGUGCUUCCUGGGGGAUGUGUCUUCCGAUGGAGGAUGAGCUCCUUUUUGAUGGGGAAAGUCCAGGGUGGGGGUGGGGUAGGGGUGGGAAACAUUGGGGUCAAUCUCAACAUUCCCUAUGUGGGCUUGAUAGGGGGUCACCUUCAGGCCUGGGCUUCACUGUUGUCAACUCUUAGGAUACUGCUCCUGGCAGCACCUUUGGAUUCUUGGUGGAUUCCUAUGUGGCAUGGCAUGUGGGAACAGAAAGGAGAGAAAGCAUGAACGCUAGUGCCUAGAGGCUGUUUUGGAUGCCACUUAGCUGCAUCCUCUUAGCCACCUAAUCAGUUGUGACAUUCCAUGCUUAGAUGUGUAUUCCAGGGCAGUCAGCGACCAGAGGUUUGGAGAAUGCCGAUGACCCUGGCACUUCCCCAAAGCAAAAGAUGGAGCUAGGCCACUUGGAGACAGAGCCUCCAUCUGCCUUCCUCAGAAUCCGGUGUGCCCUGCAGACACUCCAGUCAUUUGCAUUGUGUCACAUUCUGAAAUUCCCGUUCUAUUGCUUUUAAAAGUUCAGUCCUAGCUGGUAGGCCACACAGAUACCACAGGCUACAGUUGUUAAACUGGGGUUUGGAAAUGUGAAUGGUGGAUUCUCUGUUUUAAAGCGAUGGGUAGAGGAUGAUGUAGCUACACGCAGAGUUGGAACCACCUGAAUCAUGAUGGGCAUCAUUGUGUGUGUGUGUGUGUGUGUGUGUGUGUGAGAGAGAGAGAGAGAGAGAGCGCACAAGUAGACCCCUCCACUUUUAGCUCCUAUCGAUGCACCACACACAAGUGCCUCUUUUCUGUGCCAAAUGUUUGCCUUGGUCUUCAGAGACCUCCUUUCCAGAUGCACACUAACGUGGCUAUUAGAGAUGAUGUGCCAAUGUUACCUGGAGGCUCUAGUGUCUUCAGUGGAGAGUUCCAAUGUUUCAUCUUUGCAUCCACUGCAGGAAUCUGGGGAGCUAAGGUUUGUGCUGUCCUAAAGAAGUUCCGUAUCCUAUGGUGGUUUAUCCCCAGGUGUGACCAAAAAGGACAGAGGGAGAUUAGAAAUCAGAGCAGGACAUUGUGCACUAUUCAGAAGCAUAACUUGUGGGUGAAUCACAAAGAUACUGGGGCCUCCUGCGAAGGUCCUCCUGGAGCACAUUUAAGAAACCUUGAAAAUCUUCUUUUUGAACUGACUGACCAGGUGUGCUUUUCACUCAAGAUAAAUGUGCUCAAGGGCAUCAAGGAAUUUGCUUCAAGCAAAGAGCUCCCUUGGAGGAACCACAUGAAGCCAGUUUCCAAUCUCCUAUGAGAUGGUGCAACAGGUUUCUUUCUUCCUCAUAUGUGUUAAACAAUGAAAGGAGUCCCCAUUCUCCCAGGCUGUACCGGGCACCCAGAAACACUAGACAAGGAGUAUUCUCCAGUCAUUUUGUUCCUGGGGCUCCAGUUGGGCACAGGCAUAUGGUCUUGGGAGUAAGUGCGGUGGGUUCACAAUAGCGAUGCCCAAUACUUAGGAUAACCAGGAUCUUUAACCUACUCAUUAAACAAGGUAUUGUAUUCCUCCAGUGUUAAGCUAUAACCGUGUUAAAAGUCACACUGCAUUUAUCCUCAGUGUCAAAGACCUUGUAACGUCUCCUAUCCGCCUUACCUGUUAGUGCGUAUUUUUACUUUUCUGAUAUUGUAAAAAAUAUAUAUCCAGUAUGUAAAAAUGUUCUAUAAAUCCUUUGUAUAGUCAUUUUCUCUGCUCUUUAAAUAUCAUCUCUAUUCAGAGUAUAAUAAAAAUUAUGAACUUGGUAA